AUGAAGGCCAUUAUUCUCGUCGGCGGCUUCGGCACUCGUCUUCGCCCUCUGACCCUCACCCUCCCCAAGCCCCUGGUCGAGUUCGCGAACAAGCCCAUGAUUGAGCACCAGAUCGAGGCUCUUGCUGCUGCUGGCGUCACCGAUGUUGUCCUCGCUGUCAACUACCGCCCCGAGGUUAUGGAGAAGCACUUGGCAGAGUACGAGAAGAGGUUCGGCUUGAACAUCACCUUCUCCGUCGAGACCGAGCCCCUCGAUACCGCUGGUCCCUUGAAGCUGGCCGAGAGCAUUCUUGCCAAGGACGACACCCCCUUCUUCGUCUUGAACUCGGAUGUCAUCUGCGACUUCCCCUUCAAGGACUUGGCCGAGUUCCACAAGAACCAUGGCGAUGAGGGCACCAUUGUGGUCACCAAGGUCGAGGAGCCUAGCAAGUACGGUGUCGUUGUCCACAAGCCUAAUCACCCCACCAAGAUCGACCGUUUCGUCGAGAAGCCCGUCGAGUUUGUUGGCAACCGCAUCAACGCCGGCAUGUACAUCCUCAACACCAGUGUUCUCAAGCGCAUUGAGCUUCGCCCCACCUCGAUCGAGAAGGAGACCUUCCCCGCCAUCGUCAAGGAUGGUCAGCUGCACAGCUUUGAUCUCCCCGGCUUCUGGAUGGACGUCGGUCAGCCCAAGGACUUCCUUACCGGCACCUGCUUGUACCUCACUUCCCUCACUAAGCAGGGUUCCAAGGAGCUUGCCUCCCCCUCAGAGCCUUAUGUCCACGGCGGCAACGUUCUGAUUGACCCCUCUGCCAAGAUUGGCAAGCACUGCAAGAUUGGACCCAACGUGACGGUCGGCCCCAACGUCGUUAUUGGCGACGGCUGCCGUCUUCAGCGUUGCGUUCUGCUGCCCGGUUCCAAGGUCAAGGAUCAUGCGUGGGUUAAGAGCACUAUUGUCGGUUGGAACAGCACUGUUGGCAAGUGGGCUCGUCUUGAGAACGUCACUGUCCUCGGCGACGACGUGACUAUUGGCGACGAGAUCUACGUCAACGGUGGCAGCAUUCUCCCCCACAAGAGCAUCAAGGCCAACGUUGACAUCCCCGCCAUCAUCAUGUAA